CUUUUCUAUCCAUGGUUGUGCACUUAUAACUAUGUCAAAACAAUAGUUCACAUGCAGUCUUCGUAUCGGCUGGACAUGGAAAACCUCGGGAUCCAGAUAAUUAGUCGAAAAACUGUGACCAUUGGCGGUGAUAUCCAGGAUGGCUAAACGUAAACGAGAGAAAUCAUCAGCCGCGGACAGCCAAAGCAUAGCAGCGCAGGAUGUGGCUUCGGGCGCAACGAGGGAAGGGUCUGUAUCUGAUGGAGCCGACAUUGAUGCACAAGAGCGUCCCUCGAAUGAUAUACAUCGAACGCGCACCUUUCUAGCUUCACUGGCAUGCGAGCAAUGUCGUGCGAAAAAGACCAAGUGCGAUGAAGACCGUCCCAAGUGUGGACAGUGUAAAUCCUCAAGCAUCGAAUGUGUGUAUGGCGAAAAGCGUUUCACAAAGAAAGACCAAAGUCUCAAUGCCGCCGUCAAUGCAAUCCGCCGGCUCGAGACGAAGAUCGAGGAUCUCACUACUGCGUUCAACGAGGAUCGCGAUGAGCGUCGUGCUCUUGCAUCAGGCCCAGCAGGGGGCAUUUCGGAAGGCAGCGCAGAUGUCAGAGCAGAGGUCAGAAAUGAAAGGCCGUCAAAACCGUCAAACUCUCAAACACAACCCCGAACACCUGUACGAAUUGGACUUGAAACGACUGUACCGCCGCGUACUGUGUCGCCUACGCACUCUCGCCCGAUUCCUAUAUCCUUCAGUCAACACGCAACUAUCCAAUGGGACUCCAUUCGAUCAGGCCUCUCAAAGAGGUUACAGCAAGAGACUCAGCACCUAGGCUCAGACUUUGUUAUCGAGCAGGAAUCGCAACGCCCGCCCCUCUCCUCGACCAUAUCUUGUCUUUCAAGUGAUGGCCAUGUGUACUGGGCGCGAGACUUGCCCGAGGUGAUCGUCAGGGCUUUAUCAGACCUCUACUUCCUCACUUUCAACCGCAUCUCUCCGAUACUCGACAGGGAAUUCUAUGACCACUACACGCUUGUAGAUGUCAUCCACGGAGGAUUCCCAGAGACCGUCGAAUCCUGUGUGGUGCUCAACGUCCUGGCUCUCGGAUGCCUAGCUCUCCAGGCCUACGAGGAAGGUAACUUCUCUGUCCCGGCUGACAUAGAAAUUUGUCGCUCUGGUAGACACCAAGACCUGUGGUCCGAAAUCACUCAAGAAAAUCCCCAAGGGCUCAGAUUUUUCAACGAAGGCCGCAAACUAUCGGCGUUUCUGCAAACAGAAACAAGCCUACAAGCGUGUCAAAACCUCCUCCUGUCUGCCCUAUGGUCCGCGCAGAUUGUUCGGCCAAUGGAUUCAUGGACCUACCUCACACGCGCAUGCUACAUCUGUAUCAUCAUGGUGAAACUAAGAUGCAACGCAACCAACGACUGGGCAGACGACAUGCUCUCCCGGGUAUUCUGGAGCGCCUUAAUGAGCGAAGCAAUUUUAGUGCAGGAACUCGAUCUCCCACCCAGCGGUCUCGUCCGAUACGAAGACGACGUCCAGCUCCCGCGCUUCGUGAAAUGCCCUCAUCUGCCCGAAGCGUCAAGCCAGGGACGAGUCGACAGCGAUGCAGACGACGACGAGGCAUAUUUCCAGUACCAUUUCCUCGCACAGGUAGCACACAGGAUCAUCCUCACGCGGGUUCGCAACAGUAUCUACUUCGUCGCCGAAACUGCGGAUUUUCCGCCUCAGGCUGUCGUUGCAGAAUUGUAUCAUCAGCUGGAGCAGUGGCGCGAAGCCCUACCUUCAAUCAUCCAGUUCGCACACGAUGAAUCUGCACAGAGACAUGUAACAAAGACUGCCUCACCAGCACAUGCAGUCGCCGAUGCCAUCCUCAGGAGUCGAUAUCGCAUAGCUAAAUUCCACAUUGGCCGUCCAUUUCUAUGCAAAGUCCUGCAGAGCCCAAGUACGGCAACACAGAGAGAUCUAGAAGCCUGUGCAAGCGCCUUCGAGGCAGCCAUGUGGUGGCCAGCCGUACAAGGCAUUUGCCAACUUAUGAAAAGCUUUUCGCCCUUGAAGUUUGCAUUCUCAUGCCAGUUCGUCGGCCAACAGGUCCUUUAUCACGCCUUCGCAAUGCACCCGCUGCCUGCGCUCCAAAACGUCGUUCCGCGCGACUGGUAUGUGUGGAGUCGCGAAAUAAGCCAUCUCCUCUCCUACUGCGCCAGCCUCAGUCCCGCCGUGGCGACCGACUUUACCCUCUUCAGAGCCCUGCAGGACGAUCUCACCGUUUAUGACAGACAAACAUAACAAUCACCGUUUUGCUGGUAACGGAUAACCGCCUUGUUUCUCGAAGAACUUGGUCGCCUGCUGCAGCAACUCAGUCGUUUCAGGCCCCAGCCACUGCGGCACCAGCGCCGUGUAAAACGUCUCGAGCUCCCUCAUGCGCUUUCCCGCAAUCAUACACGCUGCGCCCUUCAUCCGCGCAUCGCACGCCGUCUGCGCUAUUGCCGCCGCCACGUCC